CCGCCCAGGAGGACGAACAUGAUAAUUCGCCAUCGAUUGAAAGCUAACAGUGCGGAGGGGAGAAAACACUAGCCGAAAAAAAGUUUGGACGGGAGAGGGCUGUUUUAAACCAAGCGAAGUGUUUCGACACAAACGAACAGGCGCUUGUCGGGCUCUUUGCCCCACUUUUGGAUUACGAUAUGGACGCUUUGAAAUCCGCUGGAAGGGCAAUUAUACGGAGCCCCAGUAUCGCCAAACAGUCGUGGGGUUCGAGCAGACAUAAAAAGCUUCCAGAGAACUGGACGGACACGAGGGAGACCCUUCUGGAGGGCAUGGUGUUCCAGCUGAAGUACCUGGGGGUCACGAUGGUAGAGCAGCCUAAAGGAGAGGAGCUGUCUGCGGCUGCUGUCAAGAGGAUAGUGGCCACGGCCAAAGCCAGUGGAAAAAAACUCCAGAAAGUCACAUUAAAGGUCUCCCCACGAGGAAUCAUCCUUUACGACAGUGCCUCCAACCAGCUGAUAGAAAACAUCUCCAUAUACAGAAUAUCAUAUUGCACGGCGGACAAGAUGCACGACAAAGUGUUUGCCUACAUCGUCCAGAGCCAACACAAUGAGACCCUAGAGUGUCAUGCCUUCCUCUGUCCUAAGAGAAAAAUGGCCCAGGCGGUAACCCUAACAGUGGCUCAGGCUUUCAGAGUGGCGUUUGAAUUCUGGCAGGCUGCCAAGGAAGAAAAAGAGAAGCGAGUGAAGUCAGGUUCAGACGGAGAGGGAGCCAGCAACUCCCAGUCGGACAGCUCGGCCAGCCUGGGCAGCCUGAAGGGAGGAGAGGUAGCCACGGGAAAACUUCUGGAUUUGGCAGAGGGAGCCAACGUGGCGCUGGUCCACUCAGGAACAAAGCAGACCGACUCGGAUCCCUUUAUGGUGCAUAAUCACGAAACAGAGAACAACAAUACUGUAUGGGAGUUGGAGGACGGUCUGGACGAGGCUUUCUCAAGACUCGCUGAGUCUCGCACUAACCCCCAGGUCCUGGACAUUGGGGUAAACCCUCAGGACUUCAACACUGAAGAGUGCCUGUCCCCAGGCAAAUGGGACCAAGAGGACUCAGAGUUCCCUGCACAAAAAGACACUUUUGGGUUCUAAUGUGAAGCCUCUGCCAAGAAGGGAAAACGGAGAAAGACGAGGGGAAAUGGUGGAAACUGGAGAAGUGACAAAACGAACAUUUAUGGCAUCAGUAAGGUUUCCCGUCUUCUCCUUGCUGCCAAGUCCUCUCAGUGCUGCUGUCUAGUGGCUCUCUGAUGCUCCUGGAUCCACACAACCACAGAAGGACAACAUGAGCAGGGUUCUCACGGAAAAGGCCAAAGCAAUACAAACCAAUUUAUCCCUUUUCUAUGAAAAAACAUGCAGUCAUUUAAUGUUUGUUACAGUCAGUGUAUUACUUCCUUUUUUGUGUAUGUUUACCUGUUCACUGUUUGUAAUGUGUUUGUGGUAUGUGCUUGUGUACAUUGUGUUAAAGAAAGUGUGUGUGUUUGUGUAUGUGUGCGGAUGUAUAGUAUAUAAAUGUACAAGGUGAGAUAUGAGAACUAUGACGUGAGUUACGUUUGGAACAGCUCAUCAAGGUAAAGGUCAUCAAGGGUACUGUCACAUAUUUGAUUUACUUAGAGAUGGAGAAACUGGAUUAGAGGGAAAAGUCAGCAAUGAACAAGUUCCCAUAAAGUUACUACCUAUGUGCUUCAAGAAUUCAGCCUUUUUCUGGGCUAAGCUUUAAAAAAAAAUUGUGUGUAUGUUUUGAUCAAAGAGUGUUUGUGUGAAAGUGAAAAAGAACAAAAUGACAAUCUUAUUUUUUUUUUUCUAUUGCAAAAUCUAUUUUUGCACUCAACAUUCAUCCAUUUUUAAAAAGCACAUAUUUCAUAUAAGGGAAUUUUAAUGUCCAUACGCAUCAAACUUAUUUUUCAGGCUUAUAUACAGUGCCUCUAUUCAAACUCCCACUUGGACUUGUUCAUGCUUUAUUGUUUUACAACUUAGAAUCACAGGAGCAUUCCUGAUGUUGUAUUCACUGUGAUGUUGACUACAGUCUUGUACAUCUCAAGAUUUCCCAACGUUGUAGAGAACUGUGAAGCCCCCUAUAUCACCACAUUUCAAAGAAAGCCAGUCAUGUUUCCCACUCUGGCUCAUUGACAAGAGUUUGAUGGGAAGGGAAGUCCAGAGUUGUUUUGUCUUCACUUCAACAGUACAGUCUCUUUUUUUUUGACCAUGUCAGUAAGUUUCAUUAAUCAACUGUGAUUCAGUGUUGGAGCAAUAAAACAUGAAGUCCAAGGGUGUGAAUGUGUUAUAGCGGCACUGUACCGCUGUAUGUUAAAUUAUAUUGUUGCAUUGACUUUGCUAGUUUAUUAUUUUUUUCCCGGGGAGUGUUCCCAGUGUUAUUUUUGCAGUUUGUUUAUGUAUGAAUUUAAUUUAAUUCAUUAAAUAACAUAAAUUUCAAUCAAAGUG